GUUAACAAUAAGGUAGGAGAAAGGAGAGAAAGGAAAGCGCGAGGACCAUCGCAGCCCAGCCGCCACCGCCAGCCGCGCCGCCGUGUCUGAGCCGAGGAGCCCCGGUCGCCGCCCCGCCGCGCCUUCCGCCGCCGGCUCCCGCGUCCUCGGACUCGUUUCCAACAGCCGGUUAAAACAUGGUGGAUUACUAUGAAGUUCUAGGCGUGCAGAGACAUGCCUCAGCCGAGGAUAUUAAAAAGGGAUAUAGGAAACUGGCACUGAAGUGGCAUCCAGAUAAAAAUCCUGAGAAUAAAGAAGAAGCGGAGGGAAAAUUCAAACAAGUAGCUGAGGCGUAUGAGGUGUUAUCAGAUGCUAAAAAACGGGACAUCUAUGACAAAUACUGCAAAGAAGGGUUAAACGGUGGUGGUGGAGGUGGAAGUCAUUUCGACAGUCCGUUUGAGUUUGGCUUCACAUUCCGAAACCCAGAUGAUGCCUAGAGGGAAUUUUUUGGUGGGAGGGACCCAUUUUCAUUCGACUUCUUCGAAGACCCGUUUGAGGACUUCUUUGAGAAUCGAAGGGUCCCCCGCGGAAGCCGGAACCGAGGCACGGGGUUGUUUUUCUCCGCUUUCAGUGGAUUUCCCUCUUUUGGAGGGGGAUUUUCUUCUUUUGAUACAGGAUUCACUUCCUUUGGUUCACUAGGUCACGGGGGCCUCACUUCAUUCUCUUCCACGGCAUUUGGUGGCAGUGGGAUGGGCAACUACAAAUCUAUAUCAACUUCUACUGAAGUGGUUAAUGGCAGAAAAAUCACUACAAAGUGGAUUGUCGAGAAUGGUCAAGAGAGAGUGGAAGUUGAAGAAGACGGCCAGCUGAAGUCCUUGACGAUAAAUGGUAAGGAGCAGCUGCUGCGCUUGGAUAACAAGUAGCUCUCCGCACGUGCGCAGCAGAGCGUUCCCUCUGGCGCGUGGGAGGAUUGACAGGAACAUUUUUUUGAAGAUUUCACAGGAACUCGACUUUCAGUAUAACUGUACUUAAUCUAAAGUAUUUAUACACAGUUCAUCGGAGCCCUACUUGUCAUAGACUUUUGAGUUUAUUGUUGGGACCACAUGAUAGGACCAUUUUUUUUUUGUCUUUAAAAUUGUUGUAAAUCUCUGUAUGCACUUUGCUUUUUUAUUAAAUGUAAUCCAAGGUGGCCGUGACUCUUCCGUACACUAACACCAGCAGGGACCUGCUUUUCCAUUGUGUUUGAAACAUGAGCCAAGUAGUGUCAGCCUGCUGUGAAGUUAACAUCGCCAGGGCGAAUCUUCCACAAAAGUAAUUUCAAGUUUUUUUCAGUAUAUAGUAGUGAAAGACAU